GGGCUGUGCGACGAGAUCAUGGCACGCUUCUUCGCUCGUUGUUGCUCGUGCUCGUGCUUGUGCUGAGGUGGGAUCCAAUAACGAAGCGUCGACACGCAGUACCGUGCGCGCAUCGUAGGCUCCGAGAAUGUUGUGCAUCGCCGACUGCGGCCCUAUUUCGUCCACUCUUCGACGCCGAUGUCGAUGCAGACACUCACAUGGGAGCUACAGGUUUCAACCACAUCUCGGAUAUGUUGUGACACGGACGAGACACGAGGACUCGGAGCCACAGACAACCGCCCGGACCCAAGGAUGGGUCUUGUUCAUUCCUCAUUCCAAAACAGUCUCGCGGAGAGAUCUAGGACCUACGUAAUUGAUCUCUCCGACGUCAAGGCUCCAUCUCGUCUCGUCAUCGUCAUUCCGUCUACGGUCCGUGGCUUGCCCGAGGAACCGGGCUGGAGACUGGCAGAAGCAAUAUAUGGAACCUCCGUGCCACCAUCAUAAGCCAAGCCAACUAACGUGGGUACGGGCAGCUGCUGGGCCACCCCUUACAUGGCCUGUAGGAGUUGGAACAGCAGUCAACACACCAACCAGGUGGAAGAUACAAAGCUGAGGCCCUAUGUUGCAAUAAAGAUUAACACGUUACUUUUUAACUUUGCAUUUUGUUGGAAUUAUUGAGAACCACAUUGCCCAAGGGGUGGCCAACUAAGGGGGUGGCCUUGCCCAGACCCCGACAUUAUUG